UUUUACUCGAGAAUUAAUUGAAAAAUUUAAAGAGUCUUGAAAAAAUUAUUUCUAUUAGAUUGAGAAUGAAGGACUUGCCUCGUUUUUCCGCUGCUCUAAGAGCAAAUACAGAUCUGGAAGCUAAGUUGCCGCUAAUGUUAACUAAUGAAGAAUUGGAAGAAGCCAGAAGAGAAAGAUAUAAUUUUCUUAAAGCGCAAACAGAAGAGGUGCAAACUAUUGCCCUUAUUUUAGAUCAAAUACCUCAAGGAAAACAAGCACAGGUAAAACUGCAAAUGCACAAAUUGCGAAAUAUUGUUCGAGAAUGCAUGGGUUUUGAAGGACAACCCCAGGUAGUGGAACAUGCAACUUUAUUUUUAUUUUGGCUAAUGCUUGGCCAGAGAGUUAUAUUAGUUGCUACAACGAUGCAAAUACGUACAGUGUUCGGCACUAUUUUUGGUAGCAAAUUGGCUAACAUACAUCAAUGCGUUUGCGUCAUUAACGAUCUUUUAGAAAAUAAUGAAAUAGAAAAAUUGAAAAGGUGGAAUAAAAAGCUGGCCAGAGGCGGUAAAGACUAUCCCAUAUUUGGUGAAAACAUUAAGAUUGAAAUGAGGUUUGCUGAAAUUUGUGAUGUAAAGGGCCUGACAGAUUGGUCUCCAGAUGCCAAUAUUAGAAAUGAAGCGAUCGCUCGUUUCAAUAUGCAAUGGGAUCAAAGCGAUAAACGUCCUUCUCAAGGGGAAGAAAAACUUGCCAAUAUCAUCCACGCUUUAGAAAAAAAAGCUAAUGACACGGGUCAUUCAGAGUUGAUAAAUAGUGUCACUGAAUUGCUUAACUCUAAAAGAACUGAUGCCGAACUACAGAACGAUUUAAUAGAAUUAUUAGGCUUUGAGCAUUUCGAUUUGGUACAAGAUUUGCUUACACAACGACGAGUAAUGGUAACUUACCUUUUAGAGAUCGAACAAAAAGAACGACGCCAGAAGCGUACUAAACAGUUGCAGAAAAAAAAACAAAGCGGCUUAAACACUAACGUGGAAAUACGUCCUACAGUAGCAACGGCGGUUGUGGUGCAAUCGACAGCUGAAAAAGAGCUAAAUAAACAGCAAAGACGUGAGGAAAAGAAAAUGAAUCGUUUAAUGCACAGCAUAGGGCGAUCUGAAAAUGAAAACGACGAACGUACAGCAGAAUUAAUUAACCCUAUGCAGUUGCGUUUACAACAUCAACGUAACUUACUAGAAACGGCCCAACGAGAACCUAUACUUAAAACGACACAGAACUUUAAAGAAUUCCGAAGCAGAUUUAAUGCGCAAUCUGCCGCACAACGUUACCCUUAUGUGUUUGACAGUCAAUUAGACGCUAAACAACAUGCUGGCUUUAUAGGAGUAAAUCGUAUUUGCCUACCGGACCAUGCUGAACGGUCGGACAAUCGUCAAUAUGAAGAAGUGAAAAUACCUGCUACGGAACCACCGCCCCUUAACGUAGGUAACAAUCGUGUUAACAUUAGCGAUUUAGAUGAAGUUGGGAAAAUAGCUUUUGCCAACUGUAAACAGUUGAAUCGAAUACAAUCAGUGGUAUAUCCAGUUGCCUAUCAUAGCAAUGAAAAUAUGUUGGUCUGUGCGCCCACGGGCGCAGGUAAAACAAAUGUGGCGAUGCUAACCAUCGUACAUACUAUACGAACUCACCUUGAAAAUGGCAUUAUAAAUCGUGAGCAAUUCAAAAUAGUCUAUAUUGCUCCAAUGAAAGCUUUGGCCGCGGAAAUGGUAACGAAUUUUUCGAAGCGCUUGAAGGAACUGAAUAUAGUAGUGAAGGAGUUGACCGGCGAUAUGCAACUGACAAAAACGGAAAUGAGUGAGACGCAGAUAUUGGUAACGACACCGGAAAAGUGGGAUGUGGUAACAAGGAAAGGAGCUGGCGACGUGUCGCUUAUUAGCUUAGUAAAAUUAUUAAUCAUAGAUGAAGUUCAUCUGUUGCAUGGCGAACGCGGUCCAGUAGUGGAGGCGUUAGUGGCACGUACUCUACGUUUGGUAGAAUCUUCUCAAAGUAUGAUACGUAUAGUGGGUCUCUCGGCCACUUUGCCGAACUACAUCGAUGUCGCCAAUUUCCUUCGAGUGAAUCCCAUGAAGGGUCUUUUCUACUUUGAUGGACGUUUUCGCCCUGUACCUUUAGAUACCAAUUUUAUUGGUAUCAAAGCCAUUAAGCCUUUACAACAGCUAAGCGAUAUGGAUCAAGUUUGCUAUCAGAAAUGUGUAGAGCAACUGCUACACGGUCAUCAGGUAAUGGUGUUUGUGCAUGCCCGUAAUGCUACAGUACGCACAGCUAGCACCCUACGUGAAUUGGCGCAGCAGAACAAUAUGUGUGCCCUCUUUCUGCCCGAUACCAAUACCAGUGAUUAUGGAUUAGCUACUAAAGCCAUACAGAAGUCACGGAACAAACAAUUAGUGGAACUGUUUUCGGCUGGCAUCGCUAUGCAUCAUGCUGGUAUGUUAAGAACGGACAGACAUUUGGUAGAGAAAUAUUUCUCGGAGGGAUACAUUAAAGUAUUAGUUUGCACAGCGACUUUGGCGUGGGGCGUUAAUUUACCGGCUCAUGCCGUAAUCAUAAAAGGUACCGAUAUCUACGAUUCCAAACAUGGCGCAUUUGUGGAUCUUGGCAUUCUUGACGUUUUACAAAUUUUCGGCCGCGCUGGUAGACCACAGUUCGAUAAAAGCGGCGUGGGCACUAUUAUCACUACGCACGAUAAACUUAACCAUUACUUAUCCCUGCUCACGAAUCAAUUUCCCAUUGAAUCAAAUUUCAUUCAAUGCUUGGCCGAUAAUCUUAAUGCCGAGAUAGUUUUGGGGACUAUUACAAAUGUUGAAGAAGCCAUAGAGUGGUUGAGUUAUACCUAUCUGUUUGUGCGCAUGCGUAUCAAUCCUCACGUUUACGGAAUCGAAUAUACCGAAGUUAUGCAAGAUCCCUCCUUAGAACAUAAGCGAAGAGCCUUAAUUGUAGGUGCUGCCAUGAGUUUGGAUAAAGCGCGUAUGAUACGUUUCAAGCAGCGAACUCUCGAUUUUAAUGUCACAGAUUUAGGUCGCACAGCUUCGCAUUAUUAUAUAAAAGACGAUACGGUAGAAAUAUUUAAUGAACUUAUAAAACCGUUUAUGAACGAAGGUGAUAUAUUUGUAAUGAUGUCGCAAGCCCAAGAAUUCCAGCAGCUCAAAGUACGUGAUGAUGAACUGGAAGAAUUGGACGAAUUGAAACACAAUUAUUGCAAAGUUAAAGUAUUUGGCGGUAGUGAAAAUGUUUGCGGAAAAAUUAAUAUAUUAAUGCAGACAUGCCUAUCGCGUGGCUAUGUCAAAUCGUUUUCUCUAGUCUCUGACAUGUCGUACAUCAUGCAAAAUAUAACACGCAUUGCGCGCGCCUUAUUCUCCAUUGUCUUGCGUAAUAAUGAUUCGAUACUUGCAGGGCGUAUAUUGCAAGUAUGCAAAAUGUUUGAACGACAACAGUGGGAUUUCGAGAGUCCUAUGCGUCAGUUCUCGCAUAUCAAUAUCGAGACUAUUGAUAAAUUAGAAAGUAGAGGUGUUAGUUUAUACACACUCCGUGAAAUAGAUCAUAAUGAGCUAAAGGAUAUAUUACGUAGCAGUAAAUAUGCUGAGCAGGUCUUACGUGCAGCCAAAGAAUUGCCUAUGCUCAAUGUUGAUGCUACUUUGCAGCCCAUAACGCGUACAGUGUUACGUAUUAAAAUCAAUAUAUGGCCAGACUUUCUUUGGAAUGAUCGGGUACAUGGUAAAACAAGUCAAAAUUUUUGGUUAUGGAUUGAAGAUCCCGAAUCCAAUUUUAUCUAUCAUUCUGAAUUGUUCCAGGCCACGCGCAAAUUUGUCUACAGCCAAAAACCACAAGAACUGGUGAUGACGAUACCUCUCAAAGAGCCUUUACCGCCACAAUAUUAUAUACGAGUAGCGAGUGACACUUGGCUGGGUACUAAUGCGUGGACUCCAUUAACUUUUAAGCACUUAGUGCUACCGGAACACCAUCCCCCUCUUACUGAACUUUUACCGCUGCAACCUUUAGCUGUUACUGCUCUGAAAAAUCCGGUCUAUGAAUCUUUAUACAAUUUUACGCAUUUCAAUCCCAUACAAACUCAAGUCUUUCAUUGUCUUUAUCAUACUGAUAAUAACGUUUUGCUGGGCGCACCCACAGGUUCAGGUAAAACUAUAGUGGCGGAAAUCGCCAUACUUCGAACGCUCAAUAAAUAUGAAAGAGCUAAGGUUGUUUAUAUUGCGCCUUUGAAAGCUUUGGUUAAGGAAAGAAUUAGCGAUUGGAAGAGACGUUUCGAACAGGGACCUCUUAAGAUGAAAGUAGUGGAAUUAACUGGUGACGUUACACCGGAUAUACAAGCUAUUCGUGAUUCUCAACUGAUAGUUACAACACCAGAAAAAUGGGAUGGUAUCAGCCGGUCUUGGCAGACAAGAGAAUAUGUACAGGAUGUCGUACUAAUUGUUAUCGAUGAAAUACAUUUACUGGGGGAAGACAGAGGACCUGUUAUUGAAGUAAUCGUAUCACGUACGAAUUUCAUUACAUCGCACACCGGAUGCAAUAUACGUAUCGUUGGUUUAUCUACUGCUUUAGCCAACGCUCAAGAUCUCGCCAAUUGGCUGGAUAUUAAGGAAAUGGGGUUAUAUAAUUUUAAACCUUCCGUAAGACCGGUUCCUUUGCAAGUGCAUAUAAAUGGGUUUUCCGGCAAACAUUACUGUCCACGGAUGGCCACUAUGAAUCGACCGACAUUCCAAGCAAUACGCUCUUAUUCGCCAACGGAACCCACCAUAGUUUUUGUUUCAUCCCGCCGUCAAACUCGAUUAACCGCUUUGGAUCUGAUUACUUUUGUCGCUGGUGAUGAGAAUCCCAAGCAAUUCCUGCAUAUGUCCGAGCAUGAAAUGCAGCAAAUUCUGCAGGGGAUCAAAGAUUCGAAUUUAAAAUUCUGCUUAGCCUUCGGCGUAGGUCUUCAUCAUGCCGGCCUGCAAGAAACUGAUCGUAAAACAGUUGAAGAGCUCUUCCUGAAUCGCAAGAUUCAAAUACUUAUCGCUACCGCUACUUUAGCGUGGGGAGUCAAUCUACCCGCUCAUUUGGUGGUUAUAAAGGGCACCGAAUAUUUUGACGGCAAAGUUAAAAAGUAUGUUGAUAUGCCGAUCACCGAUAUUUUACAAAUGAUGGGUCGUGCUGGGCGCCCUCAAUUCGAUAAUGAAGGUGUCGCUGUAGUUUUGGUGCACGAUGUCAAAAAGAAUUUUUACAAAAAGUUCCUAUAUGAUCCUUUCCCUGUCGAAUCCAGUCUUUUGGAAGUUUUGCCCGAGCAUAUAAAUGCUGAAAUUGUUGCAGGCACUGUGCAAACAAAGCAGGCGGCUUUAGAUUACCUCACAUGGACUUACUUUUUUAGACGCUUAUACCGUAAUCCAACGUAUUAUAACUUGGAAGGUCUCGAGCCUUCGCAAAUAAAUCCUUAUCUUUUCGUUUUGGUUGAAAAUGUAGUAAAUGAAUUGAAAUCGGCUGCUUGCUUGAUAGAGAAAGAACAUUUGCUCAUACCAACUUUCCUGGGACGCAUAUCGUCCUUCUAUUAUUUAUCCUAUCGUACAAUGAAGCACUUCUUAGACGUUUUACAACCUGAGAUGUCUACACUGGAUUUAUUACAUGCCAUAGCCGAUUCAUACGAGUUCGAUCAACAGCCUGUUCGCCACAAUGAGGACAAAUAUAAUGAAGAAUUGGCCGAAUCUUGCCGUUAUCGACCACGUUCAGCUACUUGGGAUUCGUCAUACACAAAAACUUUCCUUCUCCUGCAAGCUCACUUAUCUAGGCUUGCUUUGCCAAAUUCGGAUUAUUUAACGGAUACGAAAUCAACGUUGGAUAAUGCUGCACGUGUUAUGCAGGCCAUGGUCGAUUACACUGCAGAACGUGGCUGGUUGACGACUACUCUCAAAGUGCAGCAGUUAAUGCAAAGCAUUAUCCAAGCAAGUUGGUUUGACGCAAGUGAAUUCCUUACACUGCCAAAUGUCAAAAAUAACAACGUUCAUGUUUUUUACAAUGUAAACAACAAUAAUCAAUAUUUGAAUUUACCAGUCUUGAAGGAUCUCUGUCGAAAUGAUUACGAAAAAUUAGCGGGCCCACUAAGAGAUGCUUUCGAAGAGCACGAAAUCGAACAAAUCUAUAAAGUUUUACAAGCUAUGCCUGAAUUAAUGGUCUCGAUAUCAAUACAAGGACGAUUUAAUGAUAAUAAAGAAUGCUUGCGAGAGAAAAUAAACAACGAUUUGAAAUCAAAUGUCUGGACGAAAGUACAUUCAAACGAAGAUUAUGUUUUAUGCAUCGAUAUUAAGCGUUUGAAUAUCAGCGCGCGUUAUAUUGACACUGCCGUACAUUGCCCGAAAUAUCCAAAAGGAAAGAAUGAAGCAUGGUUUUUAACAUUGGGCUCUCAGGCUAACGAUGAAUUGUUAGCUAUGAAACGUGUUAAUUUGCGUGGCUUAAAGGCUUCCAAUCGUAUAACGUUCCAAUGUCCACCACGCAAAGGCCGUUUACUUCUAACUUUAUACCUAAUGUCCGAUUGCCUAAUUAGUUUCGAUCAACAAUACGAUUUGCAAUUUGAAGUGAUUGAUGCCAAAUAAAAUGCAGUGAAAAAUUUUUAAAAAA